AUGGAUGAUGUUGAUGAUAUUUUGAACAACGGUAGAGCUGCUGAAGAUGACAUGGCAGACGAAGACGACAUGGCAGAUGAAGAUGAAGAAGGUGAAAAGGAAGAGGAAGAGGUAGAUGCUGAGCAAAACGAUGAAGACGACGACGACGACGACGAUGAUGAUGACGACGAUGAUGGGUUGGGGCUCAAAAGUGGUGCUAGUGAAACUGGGAAUCAAGACGACGACGACAAUGAUAAUGAAGAUGAGGAUGACGAUGACGAGGAUGAUGAGGAUGACGAUGACAGUGAAGGGGGUAGUGACGAUGGGAAUGAUCUAAACAGUGAAAACUUGAGUCAGCAAACGGGACCCGGAAACUCCAAGGGCCAAGAAAUAGAAAGAGAAAGAGAAAGAGAAGAGGAUCGAUCCAAGAAUGAUGCCAGGCAGAGAGAAGAUGAGAGAGAGGAUAUGAGAGACUCUCAACGUUUCCAGGGAGCUUUUAACGGCACACCAGAAACUGCCAAUGGUGAACAGUCAGAUCAACAGGAUCAAGACGUAGAAAUGAAAGAUGCCAACGGGGAUGGAGAGAAUGGAGGAGAACCUGUUGGAGAAGAGACGUCAGCUGCAUCUAAAUUCGAUAACCUUUACAAUUACUAUACCCAAAUGCUUCGAUCGGCAAAAAUUUCCGAUACCUAUAACAUCUAUCCGACCGCCGCCAUACCUAUACAAACGGAUGUCAAUGCCCUGGCAAUGUCGAAGGGACUCAAAUACCUUUUCCUUGGUGGAAGCGACGGCUUUAUUAGGAAAUACGAUUUUCUGAAUACUAUGGAUGGUAAAUUGGCAUUAACCAUUUUGCAGAAACACUCUCUAGCGGAGUCUAUACAAAAUGCAGGUAUACUGGUAUCGUACUGGGAGAAUGAGAUUCCACAAAAGAAAUCAGAGGUUAAAUUUUUAAAGAAUAACAAAGAAUACGAGCCCAAGGUAAGUCCCGUGUACUCUCUGGAGGUUCAAAGUGAAUGCCUGUUCCUCCUAAGUGGAUUAGAUAACGGUGGAAUUACUUUACAAGGUGUAAGAUAUAUGGAAGGUUCUAUCGGCCAUUAUUUCAAAGGCAGAGACGGUCACAACAGUAUAGUAAACUUGUUGAAGUUAAACGGAUCAGAGGAUAGAUUUUAUAGUGGUUCCUGGGAUAAGCGUCUAUUGGAGUGGGAUUUACAAACCGGGGGUAUCCUAAAUGAGUUCAAAGGUGGUACUUCUGAAUAUUCAGCAAUUGAAAUGAGACCUCAGUUCUCUUCAGUGAAUAUUAGUGAGGUGGCGACUAACUUAAAGGCAUCCUCUGGACAGGAUCAAGAUGAGGACGAUGAUAUGGGAUCUUUAUUCGGUGACGAUGAAGAGGAGGAUCCUAAUGUCAAGCCGGAUGCAGAAGAUGAAAAACCUGCACAGAAUCCAGCUUCUGCUUUGGAAGAAAUCUCGAGGACGACUUUGAAUGUGGUCUACGAUGAAUCAGUUUUCAUGACGUCUGGUUUAAAUGGAUCUGUCCACAUAUGGGAUAGACGCACGACUAAUGCACCUGUACUCAAAUUAGAAAGGGGUCCUAAAGUACCGCCAUGGUGUCAAUCCGCUUGUUGGUCCAUGGAUGGUGACCACGUCUACGUUGGUAGAAGAAAUGCAGUUGUAGAAGAAUUCGAUUUAAAGAAUCCGACACAGCCAAGUAAUACUCUAAAACUACCGGGGAUCUCUGGUCCCGUUUCAUGUGUCAAGGCUAUGCCCAAUAAUAGACAGAUUCUGUGUGCAUCUAAGGAUAACAUUAGAAUUUACGAUACAAAAGCUGAUUUCUCUAAGGGCUCAACUAUACCGUUCCUUAUCGUACCUGGUCAUCAUGGUGGAUCCAUUUCUAACCUUUAUGUGGAUCCCACAUGUCGAUUCCUAGUGAGUACUAGUGGUAGCCGUGGUUGGCAGGGGAAUUCUACGGAUACGACGUUCAUAUAUGAGAUAGACUUAGAAUAA